CUUUAGUUUACCUGGACUGUUUGUGUACAGAGUUCCAAAGUUCGAAGCGUGCGCUUCAGAUCUUGUUCUGUGAAUGAGUGGCAAAACUUAGAAUUCUGUAUCAAUACCCGAAGAGAGACGGUUGAAAAUUUGGGUUAAAACUGUUGUUUUAACUGAUAAAACCUCGGUGAAAGAUUGUAGAAUUUCCAAUAUCCAGGAGGAGGAGUACUUACCUGAACUAUGUGGCACCGUUCCUACCACGUGCACCUGUGUUGCUUGUGCACGCUUGUCCUGGCCUUCUUCAGCUGUAGUUGUAAUGGCAGGAUCUCCUGUCUGGACGGUACAGGAGCUCCAGUCGACUGGUUCAUAAUCUACAAGCUGCCAGCUCUGCCCGACCACUCGGACCCCCAUGUACAGAAAGGGCGGGGACACCUGUACAUGGACGCCCGGGUGGGGGAGUGGGUGUUACCUGGGACAGAGGUGGGCAGCAGGACAGGUGCGCUGGGACACACCCUGCAGCAGAUGUAUGACAAUGUUAACAAGAUGAGGCAGGAACAGGCUGCCUACUUUGCAUACAAUGACCAGUGGCCUGACGGACAGUUGUAUAAAAACAAAGGGCAUGCAAAAGGUUCUAUCUUGUUUGACAAGGACGGAGGGUUCUGGUUGGUGCACAGUCUGCCCAGGUUCCCAAACUGGCUGGAGGAGUCAUACACCUGGCCUGUGGGAGACUUCUCCACCAAGUAUGCACACAUCUUCAUGUGUGUCACGUUUGAACACAUCGCCUUCAGAAUGAUCGGAAAGCUUCUCAUGUACAUGGAGCCUGCCAUCUACGACGCGAGCCUCCCAGCAUCCCUACAGGAGGAUAACCCUUACUUCUCCCCUGCCAUGGAUGGGGUGGGGCCUGCUGUGCCACCGUGGAACAAGAAGGCGCCUCUGGUGUCCAGAGGAGGGGUGGAUGUCCUCAGUUUCACCAAGUCUGGCAACUACACAGAAGACAUGUACAAGUCAUUUGUGGGAAAACAUUUGGACUCUGACCUGAUAGUACAGUCCUGGAGGACAGCAAAGGACAGCAUACCCAACAGCUGCUGGAAACCUAAGGUGAAGAAUGUGAAGAAAGUUAAGCUGCCCUAUGAUGUGGAGUUUGCAUCCAGCAAGGACAAGUCCAAGUGGGCAGUCACUACAGGGGGCAAGAGUAAGUGGACCUGUGUCGGCGACAUGGACAGACAGGAGCGGGAGAAGAAUCGAGGAGGUGGAACCCUGUGCCUGAAGGUUCCGGGGGUCUGGGAGGCUUUCACUGCUGCAGUAGCAGACACAGAGAAGUGCAAGAAAACCACCAGCAAGACUGAAUUGUGACAACAGUGGAUACCAUUAGAAUAUACAUAGCCUGUACAAGAAUGGAUUUUAGGAUAGUUUUCUGAUUAAUGUUUGAGAUUGUGAAUUCCCUGCUGGAGGAAUAAUUUUC